AUGUCGGCGAUUCAGGAGGAGCGGAUGAGUACAUUACAGGGGUCGUCCGUACUAACACAAGCGCCUUUGCCCAACUCGUGCGACGCGUCACCGACCACGUCGUCGUCCAGCUCGGACUCGAGUCCGAACAACCCGCGCCCGGUUUGCUCUGUCCCGACACCAGCUUUUGCUCCGGCGGCUGCUGGGAAAACGCUCGAGUCGCAGUCGUCGUCGGAGUCCACUGAUGCCGGAGCUGCGGCGACUCCUGCUGCGACGGUGGGCGAUGUGCCACGGACGAAGUCGUUCAAAAUGCCAACGCGCGCAUCGAUCGCGCGAUCGACGCGAAUGAUAUCGACGCCGUUGAUGUCGCAGGCCUCCAUGGCCGGUGCCAAAGCGAUGAAAAAUCUCAGGUCCAGAGCCCCGGGCCCCCUUCGCUUUGACGGCUUUGCCUCAGGUGGUAACACGUCCAGCACGCGAAAUACAGCGAAGCAGACGCCGUCAAAGAACAAGACAAAAGCGCAAUCGGAGAGGUCUCGUCCUAAGCCGAAUAUCGAUGACGACCUUGUGAACGACGCAGUCAAGAAGCCCGCACCGAAAAAGAGCUCCGAUUCCAAACCCACGAAGAAAGUAGUCAAGAAAUGUCUUUCAUCGCAGCGUGCACUGUCUUUCGAAGAAUUGGUCGCUGCCAAAGAUGCGUUCCGACCGACAGCAGAAGGACGAAAGCCUCGCGUGGUCGACCUAAGCGUCGCCUCAAAACAUACAGCUGGUGCAGGUUCGGACAAGCAAUCAACGGACGCCAAGCCGUCCACCCAGCGUCCAGGGGCAGUAAAGGGACAAAUUGCACGUGCAAAGCCACCGGCCGAUUUGCUUUCCAAGCAAGCGAAGCAAAUGCGCAGUCGUCGUCAGGUUCCAGAGAAUCAGGAAAAGAUGCGCGGACGUGCGUCAUCAGACGGCGGCCAGAUGUCGGUGGACAUUCCGAUUCUCGGGGACAAUGUUCGAGUCCGUCCGAGGGCACUGUCCGACUUGGUACCGACUCCAAUAUUGCAGAGCAGCGAAGAGCCGUCUCUACGUCUUCGCCACUUUCAAGGCAAUUUCCAGAACCGACGAGGCCAGUCGUUGUUUUACUUUUCACUGUUUCCUCCAGAGAAGUUGGCCAUGCGGGCAGUUAUCGUGCACUUGCAUGGCAUGGGCGAUCAUUGCCGAAGGAGUACGGCUAUCUACGAACGACUUUGCCACGAAGGCUUCGGUGUCAUUACCUAUGACCUCUUGAACCACGGAGUGAGUGACUGCGACCGGUACAACACGCGCGCCCACAUCAGUAAAUUUGACGAUUUCGUCGACGACACGAACGACUUUAUCACGUUCGCCAAGAGCAGCAUCUUCAAAGUCGCGCUCCGGUACUGGCGGAAACACCACCAUCCUAUCCACCCGCAUGGAAAAGAAAAACGACGCAAGACUCCACCCGAGUUGCCGCUUAUCAUCUCGGGAGCGUCGUUCGGGUCUCUCAUUGGCUUGCACACGGUACUUUCGGCUCAGCACAAGUUCCACGCAGCUUUCUGGGCGUCGCCUACGAUUGGUGUUACGUGGACGCCAGUGCUGUGGGCUCAAUGGAAGUUUGCUCGUCCGCUGGUCGCAGCGUUCCCAACGGCGAAGGUCAUUCCUGCGAUCCCGCACAGCUUGCGAUCACGAGAUCCGGAGUUUUUGAAACGAUACAGCGAAGACCCUCUGACGUCGAGUAACAUGAUCACCCCGCGCAGUGGUCAUGAAUCGCUCAAUGCCAUGAUGCGGCUUCAACAAGAUCGUCGAGUUACCGAUGGCGACUGCCCGUUCUGCUGGGUCCCGAUGCUAUUUCUCGCUGGAUCAGUCGACCGCAUAACCGACCAAGCAGCAGCGUUCAAGUUCUACAAUCAGCUGGGAAGCCUGGACAAGGAUUUUCAGCUUUUCGAGGGUCUGUAUCACAUGAUCUAUGAGGAACCCGAAAAGGAGGACGUGUUCAAAUAUCUUGUGGAUUGGUUACAUCGGCGGUUUCCACUCGAGACUCGGCAUCCGGUGAAACCAUAA